AUGAUUCUGACUACUAUUCUUGUUGUCGUCGGUUUUUGCUUCGGUGGAGUUGUAGCAGAUAGUGACAGAUGCUGCCACUACCCAAUUUCAACAACAACAAUUAACAGUGCCAAUGUGACUUCUAUGAACUUCAAAUGCGUCGAACCAAUCUCAUUGAAGUGUCAAAAUGUCAACUCAGGUGUAGUAAAGAAAAUCGGAAUUGCUGGUUUCAAGGAUCGAAGUGAUACUUCAAAGUAUACCAUUCUCAGCGUCUCUGAGGAGGAACUUGUUGAGAAAACCAUGAUUUGCUCUCCAUCUACCAUGUGGCAUCUUGAAGAAAAACCAGAAGAUGAAUAUUUAAGUUUCAGUUGUGCUUAUAUGUUGCAAGAUGGAACAUGGUUUUUUCAAUAA